AAAAUUCUACAGUGGCUGUUUGCAAGGGGGGAGGAGGCUACAGCAACUGCCAUCCUGGAUAUACUUAUACGAGAAGGAAAAGGGGGAGCAUCCUCAAUGCCUCUCAUGUAUAAAAGAACUAACAGAGUGGGGUGGCCAGAUGCUUGUGUGGCCCAAGGAGCCAGAGAUAGCAGAUUAUGGACAAAAGAACUACAACCCAGGGCAAGAAGAGAAAAAGUAUGCAGUUAUUUGUGUCUUCUUGCUCUCUGGUGUUUAAUUCCAAUGGACAGAGUCCAUUCUGUGAAGCAGCAGGCUCUGAAAAGAAGACCCCUGAGGCUGGAAGUAACAUCAAGGAUUGUUCCAGAAACAAUGCCUGUAUUGAAAAGAAAAAAUGGAGAGCAGAAGAAGGAUACAAAUUCAACCUGGUUCAGUCCAAUUCAGCCCAAGGAAGAUAGGAUUCAAGGAGAAGAAACCACAAGAGCCGAGGACCACAUCAUUCCCUGCAAGGUACACUCAAGAACUUCACCGUACUCUUUAACCAAGUUACCAAAGGAGCUGCUUAAUCCCUUCCUGUGGUCCUUAAUUUAACCAGUCAGAACAACUGUAAUUGUUUAACCAAGAUGUCUCUUUCCUUCCUCUCUAAGGAUAUUAACUGUAUUUGUAUAUAAUGUCACAAAAUAUUAUAUAGGAAACAUAAAUUGCUAUCAAUUAAUGAACAUCUCUAAGAAACUGGGAUCAUUACCCUAAGAGCCUGGGGAAAGUAAGACUAUCCCAUCUGUCUUGGAGGAUUUUACCUCCCCAGCGCUCAGCCACUGAGGUGGUAUUUUAGCUCUCUUACACUCUCCAUCCAUCUUUCUGGGAAUCUGACCUCCUUAUUGGCUGUUUUGUACCUUUAAACUGCCUGCAUUGUGACAUCAUUCUCCCACCAAACCUACCACCACCUGGUAGAAUCUUGGGGUUUCCAUGGAGUUGUCAGUAAAUAAAUUUGGAUCAUCGCAAGUGACCAGUGACCAGUGACCAGUGUGACCAGUGACUUUCAUACUGGACACAUGCACUCUUUGGUUUCAGCCACUCAGACAUCCUCCAGUGUCGCCUCCUCAUCCCUUGUAUCUGCAGUCGAUGUUUCCUCUUCUUUAACAAUGUCAGAAAAUUUCCAAAAUCUACCUUUACUUGGAACAACAAAUUCUCUGCAGCUCUCUCUUCCUGUGGUGAGCAAUGCAGCUUCCCUAACAGGAAGUGCCUGCAACUUCUCCAGAGUCUCUACUCCAGCCGUCAGCUCGGCAUGGCUUCUACCAUCAGCCUCAUGUGCCUCUUUUCAGCCACUCAUGGGUAGUGCCUACCUUUACCAACAUUCUAGUACAAGUAUGUUGUCUGGAGUUUCUGGUCAGAGCCAGAUUUCCACCUCAACGGCUUCAUAUCCAAGUGUUUUUGAGUGGGAUAUCACAGGAAGCACUGAAAAGUGCUCAUCUUCACUUGGGGACUUCACCGUGACUGUCAUUGACCAGGACACCUCUGUUUCUUCCAUGUCAAUGGCAGCCCAGUAUGAUAAAACUUCAGAUGCCAGUAAUGUAGUCCCUCUGUAUCCAUCAUUUUCUGCCAGCCUUGUUCAGGGAACACCAUCUCAGAUUCCAAAUCAGGGACAUGGCCUGCCACUCCCCUAUCAGGAGGGAAGCCAGGUAUAUUACUAUAAUCAAGGCACACUGGGGCCUCUCCUCUCUGGAGAACUUGGCCCUUGCCUACAAUCCUAUGGCUCAGUGUCAUACACAGGAAGUAGAGGUUCCGCACCUCAACCAGAGAUGGUGAUGGUCCUAAAGGAGGUUCAGCCCACAAAUAUUCUACCAUCAGCCUCUACCUCUGGAAUGUACUACUCUGUGUCUGCUCAACCCACCACAGAAACGAGUUUUCAAGAACUUUUGGACCUGAUGACUGACCAUGGAGAUGUGAGCCUCCCACCCGAAGACCGGGUGAGGGCUCUCUCCCUCAUGGGUAGUGCGGUGGAGGUAAACGAAGAUAUUCCACCCCGUCGGUACUUCCGCUCUGGGAUGGAGAUCAUCCGCAUGGCAUCCAUUUACUCCGAGGAAGGCAACAUUGAACAUGCCUUCAUCCUCUAUAACAAGUAUAUCACGCUCUUUAUUGAGAAACUACCAAAGCAUCGAGAUUACAAAUCCGCUGUCAUUCCAGAAAAGAAAGACACAGUAAAGAAAUUAAAGGAGAUUGCAUUUCCCAAAGCAGAAGAGCUAAAGGCAGAACUGUUAAAACGAUAUACCAAAGAAUAUGCAGAAUAUAAUGAAGAAAAGAAGAAGGAAGCAGAAGAAUUUGCCCGGAACAUGGCCAUCCAACAGGAGCUGGAAAAGGAAAAACAGAGGAUAGCCCAACAAAAGCAGCAGCAGUUGGAGCAGGAACAGUUCCAUGCCUUCGAGGAGAUGAUUAGGAACCAGGAGCUAGAAAAAGAGCGACUGAAAAUUGUACAGGAGUUUGGGAAGGUGGAUCCUGGCCUAGGUGGCCCACUGGUGCCUGACUUGGAGAAACCCUCCCCAGAGGCAUUCCCCAUGGUACAUGCCUCAUCCAUACAGCCUUCAGAUAAUAAUACAACUGUAAGGCCUGUCAAGCCACCUGUGGUGGACAGGUCCUUGAAACCUGGAGCAUUGAGCAACUCAGAAAGUAUUCCUACAAUUGAUGGGCUGCGUCACGUGGUUGUACCUGAAAGGCUCUGCCCUCAGUUUCUCCAGUUAGCCAGUGCCAACACUGCCCGGGGAGUGGAGACCUGUGGAAUUCUCUGUGGAAAACUGAUGAGGAAUGAAUUUACCAUUACCCACGUUCUCGUCCCCAAGCAAAGUGCUGGAUCUGACUAUUGCAACACCGAAAAUGAAGAAGAACUUUUUCUCAUACAGGAUCAGCAGGGCCUCAUCACAUUGGGUUGGAUUCAUACUCAUCCCACUCAGACUGCCUUUCUCUCCAGUGUUGACCUGCACACUCACUGCUCCUACCAGAUGAUGUUGCCAGAGUCUAUAGCUAUUGUUUGCUCCCCCAAGUUCCAGGAAACUGGGUUCUUUAAACUAACUGACCAUGGACUAGAGGAGAUUUCUUCCUGUCGCCAGAAAGGAUUUCAUCCACACAGCAAGGAUCCACCUCUGUUCUGUAGCUGCAGCCACGUGACUGUCGUGGAAAGAGCAGUGACCAUCACAGACCUCCGAUGAGAGUUUGACUCCAAGAACUAUAAAACCGUAUCAGUGUACUGUAGCCCCUUAAUUUAAAUAUUCCAAAAAGCUCUGGAAACUUUUUUACACAGACUAGAAAGUGAGUAUCACCUUGCGGGGAGAACUGAUUUUUCUGUUUCUGGUUUGAAAAGUAAUAAUUGAAUAUAUUUUUAGGCAAGUCUCAAAAAUAGCAUCAUCACACUACAGUAACUUUUUAGUGUGCCUAUGAUUAAGAAAUAAGUUGAAAGAAUGGUAUAAGUGAACACUCAUAUACCCUCCAUGCUAGAAUCACCAGUUGUUAAUGUGUUUUUCCUCUCGCUGUCCUUCUAAUUUUUCUCCCAACUUGUUUGUGUACCUUUGGACUAAUUAAGGGCAUCUAUGCAGAACUUUGGAAGCCAUUUAGAAAAUCUUUGGGUUUUCCCAUGGUUGAUGGCAAUAUUAAUGAAGCUUAUUACAAGGGUGAGGAACACAUAUCUGACUAGAAGAUGGCAGUUGAAAACCCUGAAGAAUGAUCUUGUCAGGAAUUAUUGUUACUUAACAAAUAUUUCAGGAUAUUUUUUUCCACCACAAUAAAAUUUAAAAUAACGUGUGUGUGUAUGUGUGUGUGUGUAAGUGUGCACACGCGUGCGUGCAUGCGCUCUAGAAUCAUCUCUUAGAGCAAGAAUUGUCUAAACAGGCUAACUGAAAGGCCUGGUUGUUUGGAGAAAGGUGAGGAUAUAAUGGAACUGGAGAUGUACUGACAUUGAACUAUGUCCCAGUUCACUUUUAAUCGUCUAAUGUUUUUUGUCUGCCUGUUGCUGUCUUCUGGGGGUGUGAAGUCAUCUCUAUUCCUUUGGUGCUGUCUCAAGUGGGUCAUUCCAUUCACUUCCUCCUUAGGCCCUAAAAACUUUCAACUGAACAUAAGAGAGUAUUUGAAGUGUCAGGUUAUACUCCAAAUAAAUCAUUACAGUCCCUAGCUGUCACUACACCCUAUUAAUUUUAAUUGUAUUGGCUUUUCUUUUCUGACUUAAGCACAUCUAGGAAGGUAUUUGAAGCUGCAACUGCUUCUGUAUUUUUCUUUCUAUCAACUGUGUUCUAAUUUCUAUCAUUAGUGUUCUAAUGUGGCCUAGAAAUAAUGGUAUUGUUUAUGACACCUGGACUGAGAUCAGGAGAGUAAUGCCUUGGAUAAUAGAGAACAAUGAUUUUAUAGCAAAGUUUUAUGGGGGAGAGGGAGAAAUCUGAAUGUAUGAAGUUUGGCUUCAGUUUUAGAUUUAUGUUGAAUAUAUUCAAUCUUUAUUGCUUAGGUUAGUGGCCUUUGAACUUUUCCUGAAAGGACC